UCGAUGUGAAAUGUCAAAGCGACGUGACAAGCUCCCGUUAGGCGCCCUCAUUCUUGAAAAUUCUCCGUACGAGUCACAACUGCCUGGAUUGUCAAUCGUGUUUGAAACUCCUUUUUUUCCCUUCGUCUGAGUGACAAAUCAUGGUCUAUCUGGUGCGGAGCAAGGACGAUCUCGACCAGCAGCUGGCUCAGGCCCAAGACAAGCUGGUGGUGAUCGACUUCUAUGCCAACUGGUGUGGCCCCUGCAAGGUAAUUGCCCCCAAGCUGGAGGAGCUGGCCCAGCUCUAUUCCGACCGCGCCGUCGUCCUCAAGGUCAAUGUGGAUGAGAACGAGGAGAUCACCGUAGAGUACAACGUGACCAGCAUGCCGACCUUUGUCUUCAUUAAGGGCGGCGAGGUGGUGGAGCUCUUUGUCGGCGGCAAUUCCGACAAGCUGGCCAAGUCCAUGGAGAAGUACGUAGGCGAAGUGGUGGAGAAUCCGGAUCAGAGCAUCCGCGGCCAUUCCUCCAGCCACUUGGGCGGCGGAGCGUCUCUGAACGACUCGGAGGUGGACAGCAUCAGUGCCGGACCGAGCGCCACCAGUGGCAACAGCUGCGACGUCGGCAUUUGUGACCUGGGCGAUCGCGAUCCAGGACGCGCAGUCCCCGAGGCGAAGGGCGCUGCCUUGGAGAACUGAUUACACUGGAAGAAAUAUGCUGAUUUUCCCCUACACACCCACACUUCAAACAAAAGACUAUGCCAAUGCAGGCACUCUGACUACACUCCCCCACAUACAUACUUAAAUGGAAGGUAUACACAAUAAUCCAAAUACUAUAACCUACAUCCGUUACAUCCUGUUCUGCUUUGGAUUGUUGCUAGAACAUAUAGAUUAUCUCGAAUGCUACACUAUACACUAUACCACUAUACAGAAGACAGAAAACGACACCACUACUCGAAUGCCAUACUGAAUGCUAACGUCUAUUGUAACACUGACCACCAUCCCAUCCGGAAAUAUGUACAAUCGACUGCUGCAAAAAUUCAAAGAGUAUUGCUGGUUGCUGUUUUUAAUAAACUACAAAAAAUGGAUUGUUGCAAAA